AUGCUCGAAUACCCGGAUCCCGACACGAUCCGCAUUUUGAUCACUUCGGAUAACCAUGUUGGCUAUAAUGAAAACGACCCCAUUACUGGAGAUGACUCUUGGAAAACAUUCGAGGAAGUUAUGUCAAUAGCGCGCGAAAAGAACGUGGAUAUGGUACUGCAAGGUGGCGACUUGUUUCAUGUGAACAAGCCGUCAAAUAAGUCCAUGUACCAUGUUAUGAAAAGCCUGCGUCUCAACUGUAUGGGCGAUAAACCGUGUGAAUUGGAACUCUUGAGCGAUCCUUCCAUGGUAUUCAAAUACAGCGAGUUUACAGACGUCAAUUACGAGGAUCCAAAUAUGAAUGUUUCUAUUCCAGUAUUUGGAAUUUCCGGAAACCACGAUGAUGCUUCAGGCGAUGCCCUACUCAGUCCAAUCGAUAUUCUUCAAAUCAGUGGUUUGGUAAAUCAUUUUGGGAAGGUGAUGGAAAGCGACAAUAUCGAGGUAACACCACUACUAUUUCAAAAAGGCUGCACGAAAUUGGCGCUGUACGGCCUUGCGUCUGUACGAGACGAGAGACUAUUUCGAACUUUCAAAGAUGGCAAGGUUAAAUUCAAUGUCCCUACUGUUCGCGAUGGAGAAUGGUUUAAUCUCAUGUGUGUGCAUCAAAAUCACACGGGCCAUACUAAUACAGCUUUUUUACCAGAACAAUUCCUGCCCGAUUUCUUCGAUCUCAUUGUGUGGGGACACGAACACGAGUGUAUUCCGCACCUGGUACAUAACCCGACCAAAGGUUUUGACGUUCUUCAGCCAGGCUCCUCAGUAGCUACAUCUCUUUGCGAAGCGGAAUCCAAAGAAAAGCAAGUCUUCAUAUUGGAGUGUAAAAGUGGCAUGCAACCACAACUUACUGGCAUCCCUCUUAAAUCGGUGAGACGUUUCAUUAUGAGAGACGUUUCUCUCAAGGACGUAACAGGAUUGAAGCCUCACGAUCGAGAAUCCAUUACUAAGUUUCUACAAGGGGAAGUUGAUGCUAUGAUCAAAGAAGGAAUCGGCGAAAGGGCAAAUUUAGACGCAGAUGGGCUUGAAGAGAUUAUUCCUUCAUCGAUGUUACCUUUGAUUAGACUUCGUAUUGACUACAGUGCCAAAAAUGACCAAGAUCUCGACUAUCAAGUAGAAAAUGCAAGACGUUUCAGCAAUAGGUUUGUCGGCAAAGUAGCCAACACCAACAACGUCAUUCAGCUUUAUAAAAGAAAGAAGCAAACAACGAAGAAAUUAUAUGAUCAGAUGGAUGUAGAUUACUUAGCCAAAGAUCGCGAUGGUGAUCUUGGUGUGCAAACCAUGGUACAGAAUAUGCUUAAGUCAAUGAAUCUAUCGUUGCUUCCCGAAUUGGGGCUGAACGAAGCUGUUGGCAGAUUUGUGGAAAAAGAUGAGAAAACCGCUUUGAAAGAUUAUAUUGACCGCGAGAUUGAAAACGAAGUCAAACUGCUGAUUUCUAAUCAACAGCUUAUCAAUGUUGAUGAUAUCCACGAUCUCAAGAAACUUGUCAGAGACGUAAGAUCUGCAAAUACUUUAGACUCCAGCAGGGAGCUGUUUCAGGCGCAGGAAACAGCAGCUGCCUUGAACAUCACGCUAGAUGCUCCAAAUGGUACCAUUAAUAGUUCUAUGCACAGCAAAGGAGCUGAGAAACACCGAGAGAACCAUCCCAAAUUAGAUAGGAGACCACGAGCAGCGAGAAAAGCGAAAUCUCAAGCACAGAGGCCUCCAGCAUUUAGUGCCGAGAUAAUCGAUUCAGAUCAUAGCGAUCCCAGUGUGUCAUCGAUGGAAAUAGAUGACGAGCUAGAAGACGCGCCCUCGCGCGGACAUCGAGACGUAGAUACCUUGGAGCCUCCUGUCGACGAACGGUCAAGCCGAAAGUCUUCUGCCGCAAAAAAACCCAGAAAAACAGCACCAAAAUCGAAACACCCCAAGACGCCUAAAACGGAUAUCCUGAAUAGUCUACUAGCAAGCAAAAGAGGAUGA